GGCGUCUCCCCCUCCCGCCCAUCUGUAACGGUCGCCGCGUGCGCGGGGGUGGGCGGAGUCCGAGGAGAUUUAACCCUCUGUCGGCGGAGUGGAGUCGUGCGCGGCGCUCCACCCCAGCAUCAGCAGCACCACCACGCCUAGCCCUGGGCUCCCAGAGGCCUGAUUAGUAACUCCCUAGAGACAGUCCUGAAAAUCUCAAAUCCAUCUGAAAUUCCAGAUACUUUGGUCAUAAUCUCUCAAGUAUGACUGCCUACGGAGACACACUAAUUGGGACUUCUUCAUCAAGCAGUACAGAUGCAUUCUGCAGUUCGAGUGAUAAUUCCUCAUUUCAGCCCAUCAGAACACAAGAGGCCAUCCCCACCGCUCAUGUCAUGCCUUCUAUGCUGGACAGACCUCCCUGCACAGUUGGCGAAUCGAGCACACCUCGGGUUGUCCAGACUUCCUCGCUGCCGAGCUCUUCAGGUGACAUGGGAGGGCUGGCGACAAACCCUGACCCUGAUAUCCUGAGGCAUUCCCAGGCGUUCCCCAGGAACUAUCUUCAUCAGUACCAAACUUCAAUUGAAAAUGGUUGUGAUCAGUCCUCGUUCCUUACUCCUGGUCAGACAAGCAUGGACCGUAGCCAUAAACCUUACAGGCUUGCUGCUGAAGUCACUUUUAACCAAUCCGCUUUUCUAGAUAGGCAGUCUGCUGGUCCCUGGUCCCAUCUCCAGUUGUGCAAUUCAGACACCACAGCUACUGCCUUAGAAAAGGAACCACGCGAAAUGCUGGAUACUAAACCAACAACGGAGGCCAGUAGGGUCUGUGAAAAGCUGCUAUCCUUGGGGCUUAAUCCUGCUAGUACGUAUGCCCACCCAACAGCUGCUCAGUCCCAGAUGUGGAGGCAGGAAGCUUGUGCACAACAUCUGUAUGAGAACAGUGCCUGGAAGCAGCACCUGGAGCAGGUGCAGCUACAACUGGAGCAGAUGCAGCUACAGAAUAAAGCCACUUGCUACCAUCCCUUGGUGAACAGUGCUCCAUUACAUGCUCUUGAUCCAGCCCAGUGGGUCGGUAUUGUGAAUGCAAAUGAAAACAUGCUCAGGGAGAAAGAAAUCCUCAUUGACAGGCAGAGACGGCACAUUUCCCAGCUGGAGCAGAAAGUCCGAGAGAGUGAGCUGCAGGUCCACAGUGCCCUCUUUGGCCACCCUGCCCAUUAUGGAGAUCUCUAUUUGCUCAGAAUUCAGGAGUUGCAGAGAGAGAACAUAUUCUUGCGUGCUCAGUACACGGAAAAAACAGAGUCGCUCAGUAAGGAGAAGAUUGAACUGGAGAAGAAGCUGGCUGCUUCAGAAGUGGGUUUCAAACAGAUCCAGGAGACCCACAAGGAGAUUGUACAGAAACAUACAGUGGAGCUGAAGAAACAAGAAGAAAGGGUAAAGGCGAGAGACAAACACAUUGAGCAUCUGAAAAAGAAAUGCCAAAAAGAAUCUGAGCAGAACCAUGAGAAACAGCAGAGAAUUGAGACCCUGGAACGCUAUGUUGCCGACCUCCCAACGCUGGAGUAUCACCGGAAGCAAAAUCAGCAGUUAAAAGAAUCUCAACAAGCAACUGCCGCAUUGCAGGAAACAGUGACAGCUCUUCAGAGAGAGCUGGGAGACAUUCGUGCAGGUUGUAGAGAGAAGGAGAUGCAGCUAGAAAUACAGAAACGCAAAGAGAUGGAACUGCUUUCCACUGUGCACAGCUUACAAGAGAAGAUGCAGUGUAGGAAGACCGCAGUAGUAGAAGGAUAUGCCCAAGAGAUGGAGAGAGAGAAAGAAGAGAGAGAUUCUCUGCAAAAAGAACGUGAUCUCCUCAAGAAGAUUGUUGAGAGUCAGAAGAAGAAAACAGAUCAGUUGUCUUCACAAAUAAAGGAUCUGAAGGAUCAGAUUGCUCAGGAGGAGGGCACAGGGCAGGCUUUGAAAGCUGAAGCAUUGAGGCAGGAGAACGCUUUGCAACAGCUACGCACAGCUGUGAAAGAGCUGUCUGCACAGAACCAGGAACUGAUUGAGAAGAACCUGACCCUCCAGGAGCACCUCCGGCAGACUGAGCCAGAUCCGCUGCUGCCUAGCGAGACAGCUCACUUCAUUCGAGAGCUGCACACUGAGCUGGCCAGCUGUCUGCAGGAGUUGCAGUCCGUCUACAGUGUGGUGACUCAAAGGGCUCAAGGAAAGGAUCCCAAUCUGUCGUUACUGCUGGGCAUUCACACAGUUCCAUCCUCAGUUAAAGAAAAGGGUGACUUGCUGAAGCCCAACAUACUGGCCAAGAAACUGGAGGAUGCCAAACAACUGCGCAAAGAGAUUGAGGAUUUGCGGACAGCCGUAUCGGACCGAUAUGCACAGGACAUGGGGGAUAACUGCAUCACUCAGUGAAGGCAGAAAGAUGAUGGGAUGUGAGGACUCUAGGUUGAGGAGAGGUGUGGAGGGAUGAGGGGAUGGGAAGCGCCUCUCCAUAUCACUUCUGCUGUGGCACCAGGUGGAGCAUGUUUGCUACAACAGGUAAUCAAAAGAGUUUCUCCUGCCAGGAAUAACAGCUACCUCUUUAAUACCUCUUUGAGAGAAAUCUAAAGGUGGUUCAUCUGGCUCACGCUUCUUUUUUUCCUUGCUAAAUGCAAAGAUUCUUAUCAGGUUAUUCAGUGACCCUUCCAGAUGCAUCAAAUGUUGAUCUUAAAUUCCGCCAUAAUUGCAAUCCUAAGGCUCGUUCUCACUGGCAGUUUCCCCUGGGCUGCCACCGGCCCCCCUCAGUCAUAUGUCUGUCGUCUCCUGGGCAAAUGUGACUCACACUGCAUGGGUAUAACCAGCUGUCACUUCUGUAAAAUUGAAUAACACUGGCUUCAGUGUCCCCUGUAAUAGGAAAUCCCAGAUGGUGUUGACCACAGGUCCCAGGAUUUUCAGUUGCAAUGGCCUUUGGCUGGGAAUGCUGGGAGUUGUAGUCAACAUCUGGGAAUCCAUUACAGGGAACAUUGAUUGGCUUGCGCAAAAUGAGGAAGUCUGUAUUGGCAGCACUUUGUUCUCCUGGCAUAGAAAAGAGCCAGCAAGGAUAUAGUGUUGGAGCUCUAAAAGCCCUUGCAAAUAUGACUGCUUCCAGGGGGUCCAGUCUCCAUAAACCUCUGCUUACCUUCAAUCUGUUUAGCUGCAGUUUGGAGGUGGGACAGAAGAAGCAGGGCCUUCAUAAAUGAUGUGCCACUGUGUGUAUUUUUAGCGGGAACUAAAGUUCCUGUGCAUCUUUCUAUAUCCGGCUAUGCAACUACUAAGUUAACAUUCUAGAGCAUAUGGAUUUUUCACAGUGAAGUGCCUUGAUUCCUUUCUAGAAAUAAACUUUUUGAAAAAGUUCA